GCCCUUAUUCAGAUGUAUUCCCAUCCAGACGAUGACCUUCUCCAGCUCUCCUCACAUACCGUCACAUCUUGCUCCCAUCUUGAAGAUAUUUGCAUCAUUAGCAUAAAGCAGAUCCUAAGUGUCGUUGUGAUGAUUCCGCACAAGCCUAUACUACCUUCUGGAGUUAUGGAUGAAGAAGGUCGAUUUUUCAUGCUGGAGAAGCCUGGAUUAGAUCUUUCAAGCAUAGGAAUCGCUAAUAUCCCUCCUGAUGAUGAGGACAAUGUUCCAGACAUAGAAUAA